AUGUUAUUGAUUAGUUCUGCAUCAAAAGGUGAUAUUCCUCAGGUCUUACUAGAUGGUCAUGGAAUUCCGUUGCUUCACGUGGAACGAGUGGGUCCUUCUAUUGCCUACUGGGCUCCGAAGUCUCGUAUUAUUGAAACGAAUUGGAACGUCGUCAAAUAUAUCAUGGAAAGAGGUGAGAACUGUGACUAUGCACGACCUUUUCAUCGACUGUGGAUUAUGAUGGAAGAAUCAAAAUCUCCUCACGUGUUCUUGCCCUCCGAGAGAAAUCAAUAUUUGAUCGAUGAAAGUGACGACGAAUUCGAGUUAAUGCAGAGCUACGGUGUUGUGCCCGAUAUCACAUUUUCACUAUUACAAACUCUAAAAUUUUUACAACCCAAAGAGGGUUCUACUGAUUCAGCACUUGUGCAAUUCGUCUUGUGGCUUGAGCCACCUGUGCACGUGGCUGAUACUAUUGCUAGAGAGAUUGGAACUUUGUCUGGAUUUUAUGCUUCCGUUGGAUCUGAGAAGAGAGACACUCAAAGUUUGUCGUUGGAACAACUUUUG